UGACCUCUGUGGGUAACUGCCUUAUUCCUCAGCAUCCUCAGUUUGUCAGCGUUUGCUUUAAAAAAACAACCUUAUAGUCCUGCUGCAGAGCUCCCUCCUUUCUCUAAUCUCUCAGUGCCUUUCCUGGUAACUGCUGAAAUCAGACCAGAGCCCCUCUGCGCCGGCAGCCAUUAAGAGAAAAAACAGGAUCUCUAAAUACUGAUUGAUAAAAAAGACCAGAUCUGGAGUCCUCCUUAUCUGCUGAGUUCCAGCCAAGAGAGCCCAUCUACACCCGGCGCAUCCCAGCCCCAGAGGGGAAUGGCUGAGGAGAUCUCCGCUCAGAGCCUGGUAACGUUUGAGGAUGUCAGUGUCUAUUUCUCCCCGGAGGAGUGGGAGAUUUUGGAAGAGUGGCAGAGGGAGCUUUACCGGGACGUCAUGAGGGACAACUAUGAGCUUCUGAUCUCAAUGGCAGGUCAUUCUGUUAUGAAACGUGCCCUCCCGCCACGGACCGAGCGAGGGGAGGAGCCGCCACGUCCCAGGGAAUGGAGCGACGCAGAGGAAAAGGGGACUCCGCAAAGCUGCUUCACAGAUGAUGAGAACUUUACUAUAAAAUCAGAACCACCUGACCCCUUACCAGAGAGAUCAGAAGAGAAUCUCUCC